AUGUUCGUGCAAAAGAAAAAGCUCGUCGAGCAUGUUCUGGCGAUGCGUGCCGAAGGGGGCGCCAGCAGUGAGGAGGAGGAGGAGGAAGAGGACCAGGGAGACAUCCUGCAGCGCCGGCGGGAAGAAUGCGAACGCAAGGCCCGCCGUGGGGAGAUGGAUCCCCGGCUGGAGUUCACCUUCCAGCUCUUGAUCGAUGCCACCCAGCUGCCCAGGCAUCAGCUCAUGGACUACAUAUUCGAAGGGGACAUGCUGGACGAGAUCAACCAGCUGUUUCUGCCCAAUAUGAAGAACAAGCUGCUGUGGUUCUACCAGGAGGUGGAUGAGCCGGAACCUACUCCGGUUCCAGAUCCAAACAAGCCGGGGCCCUCUCGAACUGGCAUGGCAUCCAGCAGCUCAAAGACACCGCAGGGUGGUGCCUCACCUAGUGGCAUGCCUCCACCCAAGCACAAGAAACUAUUUCUGACCGAUGGCUGGACUUGUGCCUUCACCGGCGUGUGUAUUUACAUUUUCCGAGUAAACACAUCCAAACAGCUCCCGGAGGAGGGCUUCCAAAAGGAUUUGUACUGCGGCGUGAUUGACGCAAAGAACAUUGGCCUGGUGACCUCUAUCGAGCGAAUUGUGGAGUUUGUGUUCAUGCAGGCCCUGGCCUUUCCCAGUCUGGAGUGCGACGAGGAGGACGUGAGCUGCGGUCUCAUCAAAGGUCAGCUCUUGCCGGGAUUGAGGUCCUUUUGUAGUGCCCUGCGAGUUUGUGAGCAGGUGUGCGAUCACGACAACGUCUUCGCUGACGGAUGCGACAUGUUCGAGAAGAUUGACGAAGUGGAUGAAGUCAAGGACAUGUCCAAGAACCAGGACUUUUGCACCCAACUCGAGGAGCGGGUUAACAACUGGACAAAAGGCAUACUAAAGAUUUUGGGCGAAAGUGAGCAGCUGCGCAAGGAGAACGACCAUAGUGGCCCACAGGACGAACUGGAGUAUUGGAAGAAGCGCGGUGCCCAGUUCUCCCAGCUCCUGGCUCACUUGCAAGACAAAGAAGUGCAGUUCACCCUGCAUUGCCUCUUCCUGGCCGGCUCUCGUAUCAUCAAGCAGUGGAAGGAGACCGACCGGAAGAUAACCUUCUGCUAUAACGAGGCACGAGAUAACUCAAAGUUUAUCCAAGCCAUGGAGACGUGCUGCCAUUCCCUGUACCUGGACGAUCCUGUUAGCAUGAAGGAGUCCAUUCUCAGCCUGUUGCAAACAGUGCGGCUUAUAUACAGUGUCUCUCAGUUCUAUAACACAUCGGAAAGGACAUCCGCCCUUAUGGUCAAGAUAACCAACCAAAUGAUAGAAACCUGCAAAUCCUACAUCACCUGUCGCUGCAAGGAAACUAUUUGGUCCCAGGAUCGAAACUUAAUUCGCACAAAGUUGAGCAACUGCAUCAAAUUAAAUCACAUCUACCACGAAACCUAUUACACGGUUAGAGAGCAGCCCUUCCUUCCAAACCAGACUCCUUUUGGCUUUUCUGAAAACUUUGUUUUUGGUAAAUUCGAUACAUUUUGCGAACGCCUUGCCAAAAUCAUAAGUAUGUUCAAUUUAAUUGACGAUUACAACCAUUUGUUUGAAAGAAGGCUGGAAGGACUCCUAUUGGGCGAAGCUCUGGAGGAUGCCUCCAAUCACUUCGAGGAGGCCAAAAAGGAGGUCACCUCAAGAAAGUACGACUAUCUGGAUCAUCGCAACUCCGAUUUCAAUGACGACUUUGAGAGGUUUAUUCACAAAACCAACUCACUCAAGGACACGAUUGCCACUUUGAUUGAAAAGGACUUUGACACCGUGUGGGAGACGCCGCAGUGCAUCCGGUUCCUGGUGCGCUUCGAGAAGGUCAGCGAGAAGAUUCCUCUGACCCAGAUGGAUGAGAAGUACACACGGAUUCUGCGCUAUGUGGAGAAGGAGGUGGAUCGCAUCCUGAAGACCUUCCGCAAGCAGCGUGACGAUCCACCCUUGGCGAGGAACUUUCCGCCAAUCGCCGGCCGAGUCCAUUGGUGUCGGGCCUUGAGCCUGCACAUCACGGAGCUCAUGGAUGCCGUGAUGGAUCAUCCAGUGCUGAGUAAUCUGCCCAUGGCCAGGGAUCUGGAUGUGCGCUACCACAAUGUUCUGGGCGUCCUCCAGGAGUACGAGGAUGAGAUCGUCUCCAUAUGGCUGGACCAGGACGUCAGCGUGGCCGAUGCCUGCCUUCUGCAACCACUGCUGAGUCUUCAGGGGGAUAAGUUGUUCGUCAACCUGCAUCCCACCAUCCCGCUGCUCAUCCGGGAGGCCAAAAUGCUGGCCAAGCUGGACAUUGAGUUGCCCAUUGUGGCGGCCACGCUAAUGAGUCGCCAGCAAUAUUUCAUCACCAUCCAGGAUUCCCUAAAUUGUUUGAUCAAAAUGUUCCUGUCCACGGUCCGAGCUGUGAAGCUGGAGGUUCGUCCUUUAUUCCUUCCGCAGUUGGUUCGUCUUACAGCGAUGCUGAAGCCAGGACUUCACACCAUUAAUUGGACUAACCAAAACUGGACCGAGUUCUACGAACGCUGCAAGCAGGCCAUCGAAAACUUUGAAGUACUGGUUGCUCGUGUACAUGACAUUUACUCCAAUCGCAUCCUCCAUGUCCUGAUGUGGAUGCAAGACGUCUCCCUACAAAUUCUACCAGCAGACGAUGAAAUCUGGACAGUUGACGAGUUUCUGGAGCGGAGUGAGGAGGCCUGCCGAAAAGCAGCCAUAGAUCUAAACCGAAAAAGUCAAAUGGUUUCUGAGGCUGUGGAGGAGGUCCUUAGUUUGGUGGACAAAGCAACCGCUGCCUUCAAAGAGCUAGCUGGCGAUGAUGUAAUUACUCUGUUUGAUGCUGCCACUCCAAAGGGAGAGGGUGGUUCGGGCGGAAAUAAACCGGAUGACGGCGGCGGAGGAGCUGCUGCUCCGGCUGCAACUGGCGGUAGUGGACAGCAACAGGACUGGAGCAUCUUGUGGUCAUGUUUCGAGAAUCCGCUCUCCCUGCUGUCCACUACAGAAAGUCUACCCAAGGGCAUGCAGGACAUGGUCUGCAACGCAGUGGUGGAGAUGCGGCGCUACUACAGCCGCAAGGUGAUCGACGUGCUCAUCAAGGUGAUCCGGGCCGCUCUGGACACACUCCGCCGUCGGUUCAUCGCCGACGAGAACGAGACGGUGUCCAAGAAGCCAAUCUUCGCGCUGCACGCGCAGCUGCAGAUACCGCAAGUGGUCAUCAAGCCGAAUCUGGACGAGCUGCAGGACAUAUUGGUGACGGCGGGCAAGAAUAUCACGGGCAUUGCGAAGGGCGUGGCGCAGUGGAGCAGCGGCAAAGAUCCGCCGCAAGUUUCGAUGACGGUGUCGCAGCCGCGCGUCGGACGCAACCACAACAACACCGAGGGCGGCAACAAGAGCCGGCGGCGCAAGAUCUACUGCCUGGCCUCCGAGGAGCGGCCCCAGAUGCCCCACAUGCUCAAGAGCUUCUACUCGGCCAUUAUGGACAACAAGGAGGUAGCCAAAGCGGUCAACCAGCUCUCCAGCUGCACCAAGAACGUCAAGCCCGAGAUCCAGACGUACAUUAAGCGCUGGAAGCCGUACCACUUCCUCUGGAAGAACGACCGCACUACCCGCCAGUUGAUGGAAUUCGGCCUCCAGGAGUUCGAGACCACCCUGCGCUGCCUCUCCGACCUGGACGCCAACCUUCUCGUGGAGCCCGACAUGGAGGUCUUCGGCCAAUGCGUGGCGGUGUACAAUGAAAGGCUCAAGUAUGGUUUGGCCAUUGAGAUCAAGUCCUGCAACCACAAAAUCGGGCAGGCGAUGAAGAAGAAAUACAAGAAGGAAAUGGACUACGUUUAUGCGGUAAUCAACGAGAUGGAUCGUAAGUUGGACAGGCCGAUACGUGACCUCGAUGACGUUCGAAUGAUAAUGGAGACCUUGGGUAAGAUUCGAGAACAGGAAGUGGACAUGGAGCUAAGGAUUGAUCCCAUAGAGGAAGCCUUCAAUGUCCUGACACGCUACGAAGUUCAAGUUGAGCGGGAACAGUUCGAUUUGGUUGAUAAUUUAAGGGCCACGUUCCAGAAUCUGUUGGCUGGAGCCCUGCAGGCGCAGGUGAAGCUGCUGGACAUGCAGCCUGCUUUCCAGGACGACCUGCGCACCAACCUGGACAACUUUAAGCAAGACAAGAUCUCUUACGUGACCGAAUAUCGCACUGCCGGUCCCAUGCAGGCCGGGCUGACGCCCAGAGAGGCCUCCGACCGGCUGAUCCUGUUCCAAAACCGCUUCGAGGGCAUGUGGCGACGCCUACAGACGUACCAAAGUGGCGAGGAACUCUUCGGGCUGCCCCAGACGGACUAUCCAGAGCUCGGCCAGAUCCGCAAGGAGCUGAAUCUGCUGCAGAAACUGUACAAGCUGUACAACGAUGUCAUCGACAGGGUGAGCAGCUACUACGACAUACCCUGGAACGAGGUGGACAUCGAGGAGAUCAACAAUGAGCUGAUGGAGUUCCAGAACCGGUGCCGCAAGCUGCCCAAGGGUCUCAAGGAGUGGCCGGCCUUCCAUGCUCUGAAGAAGACCAUCGACGACUUCAACGACAUGUGUCCGCUACUGGAGUUGAUGGCGAAUAAAGCCAUGAAGCCACGUCAUUGGCAACGAAUCAUGGAUGUUACUCGCUACAUCUUCGAGUUCGACUCGGAGGGUUUCUCGCUCAAGAACAUAUUGGAGGCGCCGCUGCUGAAGCACAAGGAGGACAUCGAGGACAUUUGCAUCAGUGCGAUGAAGGAGAAGGACAUCGAGGCGAAGCUCAAGCAGGUCACCAACGAGUGGUCCGUGCACGAGCUCCAGUUCAUGAGCUUCAACAACCGGGGGGAGCUUCUCCUGCGAGGCGACACCACCGCGGAGACAAUUGGCCAGCUGGAGGAUAGCUUGAUGGUGCUCGGCUCCCUGCUGUCCAAUCGAUACAACGCCCCCUUCCGGAAGCAGAUCCAACAGUGGGUCUACGAUCUGUCUAAUUCAAACGAGAUCCUGGAGCGCUGGCUUCUCGUCCAGAAUAUGUGGGUCUAUCUCGAGGCCGUUUUUGUUGGUGGCGAUAUCGCGAAGCAACUGCCUAAGGAGGCGAAAAGGUUUUCCAAGAUCGACAAAUCCUGGCAAAAGAUCAUGCAACGGGCCCACGAGACCCCCGGUGUUGUGGCCUGUUGUGUCGGUGACGAUCUUCUCAAGCAACUGCUGCCCCACCUGCAGGAGCAGCUGGAGAUUUGUCAGAAAUCCUUGAGUGGUUACUUGGAGCGCAAGCGCAUGAUGUUUCCACGUUUCUUCUUUGUGUCAGAUCCUGCCCUGCUAGAAAUACUGGGGCAGGCUUCCGAUUCGCACACCAUACAAAACCACCUCCUCAACAUCUUCGACAACACCAAGAGCGUCAAGUUCCAUGACGUCGAGUACAACAAGAUGAUGGCAAUUAUCUCCAGCGAGGGUGAAAUGAUUCAGCUGGACCGGGCCAUCCGUGCCGAGGGAUCGGUGGAGACAUGGCUUACCCAACUCCUGGUCACCGCCCAACAGUCGCUGCAUUCGAUCAUCCGCACCGCCUACGCCACAAUCAACGAUCCGAACUUUACCCUGCUCAGCUUCCUGGAGAAGGUUCCGGCCCAGAUCGGCCUGCUGGGCAUCCAGAUGGUGUGGACAAGAGAUGCGGAAAUGGCCCUGCUCCAGGCCAGAAAUGCUGCCGGAAGGAAGGGAAUGCAGGAAACUAACAACAAAUUCCUUGAAAUAUUGAAUACCCUCAUCGACCAGACAACUCGAAAUCUUUCCAAACGGGAAAGAACUAACUUCGAGACUUUGAUUACAAUUCAUGUGCAUCAACGUGAUAUUUUUGAUAUUUUGUGUCGCAUGAACAUAAAAUCAGCCAAUGAUUUUGAAUGGCUGAAACAAUGCCGUUUUUACUUCAAAGAAGAUCUGGAUAAAACUUGGAUAUCAGUCACGGAUGUAACCUUUACCUAUCAAAACGAAUAUCUGGGUUGUACAGAUCGUUUGGUGAUAACACCUCUAACAGAUCGAUGUUACAUUACUCUAGCCCAGGCUCUAACCCUAUCCAUGGGCGGAGCUCCAUGCGGGCCAGCAGGAACUGGCAAGACGGAAACUGUCAAGGAUAUGGGCAAAACUUUGGCCAAAUACGUGGUGGUUUUCAAUUGCUCCGAUCAAAUGGAUUACAGAGGCCUUGGAAGAAUCUACAAAGGCCUGGCCCAGUCCGGCAGCUGGGGAUGCUUCGAUGAGUUCAACCGCAUCGAACUUCCGGUCCUCUCUGUGGCCGCCCAACAAGUGGCCGUUGUCCUUACCGCCAAAAAGGAGAAGCGCAAAACAUUCCUCUUCACCGAUGGCGACACCAUCGAAAUGAAUCCCGAGUUUGGAAUCUUCAUAACAAUGAAUCCCGGAUAUGCAGGUCGCAAAGAGUUGCCGGAGAACUUGAAAAUCCAGUUCCGCACAGUGGCCAUGAUGGUGCCAGACAGACAAAUCAUUAUCCGUGUCAAGCUGGCCAGUUGUGGGUUUUUGGAGAACAUAACCCUGGCUCGAAAGUUCUACACUCUGUACAAGCUAUGCGAAGAGCAGUUAACCAAACAAGUGCACUACGAUUUUGGGUUGAGGAAUAUCCUUUCGGUCCUGCGAACCCUGGGAGCUGCCAAGCGACGCAAUUCCAAAGACACUGAAAGCACCAUAGUCAUGAGAGUCCUGCGAGACAUGAAUCUCUCCAAGCUGAUCGAUGAUGAUGAGCCAUUAUUCAUGUCCUUGGUAUCGGACUUGUUUCCCAAUCAGACUCUAGAGAAGACCAAUUACCCGGAACUGGAGGCUGCCAUCCUGCAGCAAACGGAUGAAGCCAGCCUGGUGUAUCAUCCCCCCUGGGUCCUGAAACUUAUCCAGCUGUACGAGACGCAGAACGUGCGGCACGGAAUCAUGACUCUGGGGCCGAGCGGAGCGGGAAAGACUACCUGCAUUCACACGCUGAUGAAGGCCAUGACCCAGAUGGGCGACAACCAUCGGGAGAUGCGGAUGAACCCAAAGGCGAUCACGGCGGCUCAGAUGUUCGGACGGCUCGAUGUGGCCACCAAUGACUGGACCGACGGAAUUUUCUCGGCACUCUGGCGCAAGACGCUCAAGCUGAAAGCUGGCGAGCAUGUCUGGUUAGUACUGGAUGGGCCCGUGGACAGUAUUUGGAUAGAGAAUCUGAACUCGGUGUUGGACGACAACAAGACCCUAACACUGGCCAACGGCGAUCGUCUGACCAUGGCGCCCUCAGUCAAAAUCAUAUUCGAGCCGCACAACAUCGACAAUGCCUCUCCUGCUACAGUGUCCCGUAACGGAAUGGUGUACAUGAGCUCCUCCGGUCUGGACUCUAGGCCAAUUGUCCAAGCCUGGCUUAAAAACCGAGCCCCUGGCGAAAAGUCUACCUUCUCGGAUCUAUUCGAUCAGACCUUCGUGGAGGUCUACAACUGGGGCGUUCAAAUGGUGAAGCUCCAGAUGCCAGUUCUGCAAUGUAAUAUUGUGCAGCAGAUGCUGUACAUCCUUGAGGGCCUGAUACCCGUCAAAAAAGAAGACGAGCAGGCCGUGAGCCUCUCCAGCAAGGAGAGCCACGAUGCAAAUAAACGUUUAGAGCAUCAAAAACAAAUCGAAGAGGCGCGACGGCAAUCGAUUGGCAGUCAGAUUGUCGAGGAUAUUCCUGCCGAAACCUCGAUCGAGGAAAAGGAGGACACCUGCACCCCAGAACACUUGCACCGCUUGUACAUCUUUGCGCUCGCCUGGGGUCUGGGCGGUUACCUGUCCACUAGCGACCGCCUCAAAAUGAAUCUAUUUGUGAAGGAAUCCUUCCCGCAGCUGGACUAUCCAAAGGGUAGUGCCCACGAGAACACAAUCUUUGACUUCUUCGUUUCUCCAGCGGGCGUGUGGCAGUCGUGGAAGACGCUCGUCACCCCCUAUAUGUAUCCGGAGCUUUCCACACCAGACUAUUUGAGCAUUCUGGUGCCCAUCGUGGAUAAUGUGCGUAUCGACUACUUGAUUGGCACAAUUGCGAAUCAGGAGCGCGCCGUGAUGGUGAUUGGCGAGCAGGGCACCGGCAAAACGGUGAUAAUGAAGAACUUCAUGAAGAAGAUGAACAUUGAAACGUACAUGGGCCGAUCCUUCAAUUUCUCAUCGGCCACCAGUCCGUACCAGUUUCAGCGCACAAUUGAGAGUUAUGUGGAGAAACGCGUUGGCGUUACAUUCGGGCCACCCGGUGGCCGGAAAUUGAUUGUCUUCAUCGACGAUAUCAAUUUGCCCGAGAUCAAUGAGUGGGGCGAUCAGAUCACCAACGAAAUUGUGCGCCAGUCCAUGGACAUGAAGGGCUUCUACAGUCUGGAGAAGCCGGGCGACUUCACCACCAUUGUCGAUGUGCAGUAUGUGGCGGCCAUGGGCCUGCCGGGUGGAGGACGCAACGAUAUACCCUCCCGAUUGAAACGACAGUUCUGUGUAUUCAACUGCAACAUCCCGGACAACGACUCCAUCGAUAAGAUCUUCCGCGUUAUCGGUGAGGGUCACUACAACGCCAAGCGUGGCUUUGUGCCCGAGAUACGGAAUCUCGUCAAGAAACUAAUUGUCGUCACCCGCCAUCUGUGGCAGCGCACGCGCGAAAAACUAUUGCCCACGCCGGCCAAAUUCCACUAUGUAUUCAGUUUGCGCGAUCUGUCGCGCAUCUGGCAGGGCAUGGUUGGCACCUUAUCCACGGUGAUCACCUCCGAGAGCGUCCUCAUGGCGCUGUGGAAGCACGAGUGCACGCGAGUAUUCGCCGAUCGCUUCACCACGUUCCAGGACAAGGAGUGGUUCGGCUCAGAGCUGGCAUGUCUCGUGCGCGAGGAGCUGGGCGACGCCCACUCCCAAAUGAUCCUGCCAAAUCCGGUGUUCGUCGAUUUUAUGCGCGACGCCCCCGAGCCAACCGGCGAGGAGGGGGAGGACACCGAUAUGGAGCUCCCAAAGGUCUACGAGCCGGUCCACUCACAUGAAGUGCUCCGCGAGCGUCUCGUCAUGUUCCUCGCCCAGUUUAACGAGAUGGUGCGAGGGUCGGGAAUGGAUUUGGUUUUCUUCCCGGAUGCAAUGCUGCAUCUGGUGAAGAUCUCCCGCAUCAUUCGGCAUCCGAGGGGAUCGGUCAUGCUUGUCGGGGUCGGCGGUUCUGGAAAACAGUCGCUAACGAAAUUGGCAUCGUUCAUAGCUGGCUACAAGACAUUCCAAAUUGCGUUGACGCGUUCGUACAACGUGGCCAAUUUUCUGGAGGAUCUAAAGCUGCUCUACCGCACCUGCGGCGUACAGGGCAAGGGCACAACCUUCCUCUUUACGGAUAUGGAUAUCAAGGAGGAAGGUUUCCUCGAGUAUCUAAACAACAUACUCUCGAGCGGCGUCAUAUCGAAUUUAUUCUCGCGCGAUGAGCAGGCCGAAAUCGUGCAGGAGCUGACGCCGGUCAUGAAACGCGAGAAUCAACGCAAAACAGCGACCCCGGAAAGUGUGAUGGACUUUUUUUUGGCGCGCACUUGCACCAAUCUGCACGUGGCUUUCUGCUUCUCGCCCGUCGGCGAGACUUUCCGGUCGCGAGUGCAGCGCUUCCCCGCCUUGGUCUCCGGCUGCACCAUUGACUGGCUGCACCCGUGGCCCAAGGACGCCUUGGUCUCGGUUGCCCGACACUUUCUGAGUCACUUCGAGAUCGAGUGCACGCCGGCCGUCAAGGAAGAGCUGGUCAACGCUCUCGGCUCCAUUCAGGACAUUGUCGCGGAAACGUCCCAGGAGUACUUCCAGCGUUUCCGCCGCGCAACGCACGUGACACCCAAAUCUUAUCUGAACUUCAUUGCCGGCUACAAGAACAUCUACCAGAUGAAGCAGCAAGAGCUGCGAGAUGGUGUGGAGAAGAUGGAUACGGGAUUGGAGAAACUGAAAGAGGCCUCCGCCUCGGUUGAGAUCCUCAAGAAGGACCUAGUUGUCAUGGAGGAGGAGCUAGUUGAAGCCUCCAAGAAUGCGGAAUCAGUGCUAGUGGAGGUGACGGAGCGUGCGAUGCAAGCGGAGAUCGUCAAGAACCAGGUGCUCAUCGUCAAAGACAAGGCCGAGGCCCUGGUCGCCUGCAUUGCCCAGGAGAAGGCCCUGGCCGAGGAGAAGCUCGAGGCUGCCAAGCCAGCCCUCGAGGAGGCGGAGAACGCCCUCAACACCAUUAAACCAGCCCACAUAGCCACUGUGCGGAAGCUGGGCCGUCCGCCGCACCUUAUCAUGCGGAUCAUGGACUGUGUCCUGAUCCUUUUCAAGCGUAAACUACAUCCUUGUAUCCCCGACUCGGGCACUCCGUGUCCCAAGCCCUCCUGGCAAGAGUCUCUCAAGAUGAUGGCCAGCGCCACGUUCCUGCUGCAACUCCAAAACUAUCCCAAGGACACCAUUAACGACGAGAUGAUCGACCUGCUCCAGCCCUACUUCCGGAUGGAGGACUACAAUAUGGAUAUGGCGCGUCGAGUGUGCGGAGAUGUCGCUGGUCUGCUGUCCUGGACAAAGGCCAUGUCCUUCUUCCACAGUGUCAACAAGGAAGUGCUGCCCCUGAAGGCCAAUCUUACGCUGCAAGAAGCCCGUCUAAAGCUUGCCAUGGACGACUUGGCUGGGGCGGAGGAGCAGCUGCGAGAACGCGAAGAAGCCCUGCAGGCGGUCAAGGAUCAGUACGACAAGGCAGUGGGCGAGAAGCAGCGCCUGACGGACGCGGCAAAUGUCUGCCUCCGGAAGAUGACGGCCGCCACGGCUUUGAUCAACGGCCUGUCGGAUGAGAAGCAUCGGUGGACAAAUCAGAGCAAGGAGUUUAAGAUCCAACUGGGCAAGCUCGUUGGCGAUGUCCUGCUGGCCACAGGAUUUCUUUCAUAUUGUGGCCCCUACAACCAGGAAUUUCGGGCGAAUCUCAUCAAGACCUGGAUGGGAAUCCUCAAACAGAAGAAUAUACCCUUCACCACGGGCCUUAACAUCAUUAACAUGCUGGUGGACUCUUCCACCGUAUCCGAGUGGACCCUCCAGGGUCUGCCCAACGACGAGCUGUCCGUGCAGAACGCCCUAAUAGCCACCAAGUCUAGCAGUUAUCCUCUGCUGGUGGAUCCACAGACCCAGGGCAAGAUCUGGAUCAAGUGCAAGGAGGACAAAAAUGAACUACAAAUCACAUCUCUCAACCACAAAUAUUUCCGAACCCAUCUGGAGGAUUCGUUGUCCCUGGGAAGGCCUCUGCUCAUCGAGGAUGUGGGCAUUGAUCUGGACCCGGUCAUAGACAAUGUCCUGGAGAAGAACUUCAUCAAAUCGGGCAGCAUUGAAAAGGUCUUGGUUGGCGACAAGGAGUGCGAUGUGAUGCCGGGAUUCAUGCUCUACAUUACCACCAAGCUCCCGAAUCCCGCAUUCAGCCCCGAAGUGAGUGCCAAGACCUCGAUCAUCGACUUUACGGUGACCAUGCGGGGCCUGGAGGACCAGCUUCUGGGUCGGGUCAUCCUAAUGGAGAAGUCGGAUCUGGAGGCGGAACGAGUGGCACUCUUCGAGACAGUCAUGCAGAAUCAGAGGAACAUGAAGGAGCUGGAAGCGAAUCUCCUACUUCGUCUGAGCUCUUCCCAGGGAUCCUUGGUGGACGAUGAAGCCCUUAUCGAAGUCUUGCGUGUGACAAAGACCACGGCGGAGGAGGUCAACCAGAAGCUUAAGAUCUCCGAGGUCACCGAACGGAAGAUCAUGAAGGCGCGCGAGGAGUUCCGGGCGGUGGCCAAGAGGGGCUCCAUACUCUAUUUCCUGAUUGUCGAAAUGAGUAACGUGAACGCCAUGUACCAAAACUCUCUGAAGCAGUUCCUGGUCAUCUUCAACCACUCCAUCACCAAGUCUGCCAAGUCCAGUGUUACCGAGGAGCGCAUCAACAUUAUCCUGCGGUACCUCACCUACGAGGUCUACAAGUUUACUAACCGGAGUCUCUAUGAGCGGCACAAGCAACUAUUCACCCUGAUGCUGGCCAUCAAAAUUGAUUAUCACAACGGCAACAUUAGCCAUGAGGAGUUCCUGACCUUCAUCAAGGGUGGUGCUUCCCUGGACUUGAAUGCCGUUACCCCUAAGCCCUUCCGCUGGAUCCUGGACAUAACCUGGCUGAAUCUGGUCGAGAUCAGCAAGCUGGAAACCUUUGCCACAGUGCUUCAAGUCAUAGAACUCAACGAGCGUGACUGGCGCUCCUGGUACGAGUGUGAGAAGCCGGAGAACGAGGAGAUACCCUGCGGCUACAAUGCCCUACUGGACAGUUUCAGGAAGCUGUUGCUCAUUCGUUCCUGGUGUCCCGAUCGUACCAUAUCACAGGCAAAGGUCUACAUAGAAGAAUCCCUGGGUAGCGAAUAUAGUGAAAUGCAAAUCCUAGACCUAGAGGAGAUGUGGCUUGAAUCGGAGCCCCGCACACCGUUUGUGUGCCUUCUCUCCAUCGGAUCCGAUCCAACCACCCAAAUAGGCGCCCUGGCCAAACAAAAAAGCAUAAUCCUCAAAUCGGUGUCGAUGGGUCAGGGCCAGGAGUACCAUGCGCGGAAAAUGAUAAUGGAGUCGAUGGCGGUCGGCGGAUGGGUCCUGUUACAGAAUGUCCACCUGUCGCUGCCCUUCUGCUCGGAGGUAAUCGACAUGCUGGUGGAGACUGAGUACAUAGACGAGUCCUUCCGCAUGUGGGUGACCACGGAGCCGCACAACGAGUUUCCCAUUGGUCUGCUGCAGAUGGCUCUUAAAUUUACCAAUGAGCCGCCCCAGGGGAUACGAGCCAGUCUGAAAAGGAGCUAUCAGUCGUUUACGCAGGACUUCCUCGACUACACUUCGGCCUCACAAUGGCCCCCGCUCCUAUACACUGUAGCCUUUUUGCACACCAUCGUCCAGGAGCGCCGCAAGUUCGGUCCUCUGGGCUGGAACAUACCCUACGAGUUUAACCAGGCCGACUUUGCUGCCAGCGUCCAGUUUAUCCAGAACCACCUGGACGAGAUGGACCCCAAGAAGGGGGUGUCGUGGCAGACCCUGGUCUACAUGAUUGGCGAGGUGCAGUACGGCGGCCGGGUCACCGACGACUUCGACAAACGCCUACUGACCACCUUUACUUCGGUGUGGUUCUGCGAGCAGCUGCUCUCCAACUCAUUCGAGUUCUACAAGGGCUACAAGGUGCCCGGGACGAAGAACCUCCAGGGCUUCAUCGAUUACAUCAACAGUCUGCCGGCCUACGAUACGCCGGAGGUAUUUGGAUUGCAUUCCAAUGCCGACAUCACGUACCAAAUAAACUCGGCCAAAGGCAUCCUCGACACCAUCCUCAGUGUCCAGCCGAAGGAGGGCGGUGGCGGGGGCGGCGAGACCCGGGAGAGCAUUGUCUACCAACUGGCGGACGACAUGCUCCGCAAGCUCCCCGCCCAGUACAAUGCCUACGAGGUGCGCGAGAACCUAACCCGAAUGGGCAUCCUCCUGCCGAUGAACAUCUUCCUCAGGCAGGAAAUCGAUCGAAUGCAAAGAGUCAUUAAGCGCGUCCACACCUGCCUCUGUGACCUGAAACUGGCCAUAGACGGUACCAUUGUGAUGAGUCCCGCCCUCAAAGAGUCCCUAGAUGCGAUGUACGAUGCCCGCAUACCCGAAACAUGGAUGAAGAUAUCCUGGGAGUCCACUACCCUAGGUUUCUGGUACACUGAGCUGCUCGAGCGGAAUGGACAGUUCCGCACAUGGAUAUCCACAGAUCGGCCCAAAGUUUUCUGGAUGACGGGCUUCUUUAAUCCCCAAGGGUUUCUCACGGCCAUGCGACAGGAGGUGACGCGAGCCCACAAAGGCUGGGCCCUGGACUCGGUGGUGCUGCAGAAUCAAAUAACGCGAUACAACCGGGAGGAUAUCACCGAGUACCCCACGGAGGGAGUAUAUGUGCACGGGCUCUUCCUUGAAGGCGCUUCACUGGAUCGCCGGAGUGGCAAGCUAAUUGAGUCGAAGAUGAAAGUCCUGUACGAGCAAAUGCCCGUCAUCUAUAUAUACGCCAUAAACACUACGGCCGGCAAGGAUCCGAAGCUGUACGAGUGUCCAAUCUACCGCAAACCCCAACGCACUGACUUAAAGUACGUUGGCUCGAUUGAUUUCGAGACCGAAUUCAAUCCCAAGCACUGGACCCUACGCGGCGUGGCCCUGCUCUGUGACAUCAAGUGAACCCCCAGU